AAUAACGCGCAGCCGCUCCGUUUGAUCUUCUGGCUUUCCGUACUGUGGACACUGAGUCUGAGCUGUUGGCGCAUGUACAGUCUUUGCGUGAAAGAAGUUGACCUUUGGCUAUAAACAAAUAAAACUAUACAAACCACUGGAUUUGCUGCACUAUAAAUAGUGUGGCACUAUGGGCAACACCAGUGACAGAGUGACUGGAGAUCGCCAUGGAGCCAAGGCCCAGCAUUCAGACAGCACUGGCCACAAAGACCACGAGCCCAGCAACAAGAUGGUGGACAGUACUGAUGACCCCAACAUCUUUAACACCCAUGGUCCAGAGACCAAAGUUCUGGGUGAGAAGGAGUUUGCUCCCGAUCUGGAUGACCUUGUAAAGACUGGGCCACAGGCUCGACCCACUGUCAUCCGCUGGGCUGGGGGAGGGAAAGAGGUUUACAUUGCUGGUUCGUUCAACAACUGGAGUACAAAGAUACCGCUGAAUAAAAGCCAUAAUGACUUUGUAGCAAUCCUUGACUUACCUGAAGGAGAGCACCAGUAUAAAUUUUUUGUUGAUGGCCAGUGGGUCCAUGAUCCAUUAGAGCCUGUUGUGACAAGCCAAAUGGGAACUAUAAACAAUCUUAUUCAGGUCAAAAAGUCUGACUUUGAGGUGUUUGAUGCUCUACAGGUGGAUUCUCUGGAGUGCUCUGACACUUCAGAUUUAUCAAGCUCUCCUCCUGGACCCUAUGGGCAGGACCAGUACAUAUUUAGACCAGAAGAGCAUUUUAAAUCUCCACCUAUACUCCCACCACAUCUCCUACAAGUUAUACUAAACAAGGAUACCAAUGUAUCUUGCGACCCUGCUUUGUUGCCUGAACCCAAUCAUGUCAUGUUAAACCAUCUAUAUGCUCUCUCGAUAAAGGAUGGAGUGAUGGUGCUCAGUGCCACACACAGAUACAAGAAGAAAUAUGUUACAUCUUUGCUUUACAAACCAAUUUAACACCAUCACCUCAAACGUAAUUUCUCUGUCUGCCCUGUCUGUUGUAGUUUUCUCAUUUAGAAAAGAUGAGAUGUUUUUUCUUCUCAUUCUGCAAAGAAAAAACAUGUUUACAAUGUGGCAGUGGCAUUUUAAAAAGAUUGCCCAUGCAAUCAAAAAGGGCUCAGAAACUGGUAGUAGUGUGUUGCAAAUUUGAAGGAGGGAAAACCAUUAUGUGUCUUUUUAACAGUUCAUACUACAUACAGUAGAGAGAGUGUACAGUUACAAAACACUGUGUACUUGGAUUGAUAUUUUGUCUGGAAAUUACUUGCAUGUGUUUUACAAUAUGGUUCUGCAGCAACUGGCCUUCAAAAAUAUGUUGUGGUGAAGUGCUUUUUCUGCAUGUGCUAACUGCCAAACAAAUCAGUUUUAACUUUGUGCCUGCUGAAACAAACAAUCAUCAAAAUCCUAGAAGUAUUGAUAGUAAAAAGUAAUAUUCGGCAUCAAAUGGUCAUUUUGAGUUGGAACACAGGUAGAGUCUCAUGUCUUUCUUCUGGAGCACUUGAUGUAGCACUUGAUGCACAUUCAUGUAACAGGAGUCUGAAAUAUGUGCUUUGAUCAGUUGAAACAGUUGAAAACUAAAGCAUAGAUGGACUUCAGACUGUCCCUUUGAGAUGGAUCUGCAUUUUAUUGAGUGCAUUGUAUUUACUCUUCAGUACUGGUGUGUAUUUUUUUUAUAAUGUGGUCAAGUGUCCGAUAUGAUCUUGAUUUUUUGCACUUGCUUGAUUCACAUGUGAAUGUGGUGUGUUUAAUGUUUUGUGUAUGUUAUGGUCAAUAGUCAUGGCAGAGAUUUGUAAAGAUGUGGAUUUGUCAUGUUACAUUUAUUGUCCUCACUCCUGCUGUAUUUAUAUCCAAAGUAAAAUUUUCACAUUUUGUUUAAGAUGUAUUUUAAAGUCAAUGGUACCCAUAUAUUUCAUCGCAUUUUUUAAGAGUUUAGAUUUAGUAGGCCAAGUGGACACGUGCCAUAACCAAAACUUGAAUUUUACAAGUGUUUAUGAAUGUUAAAAAGCUUUGCUAAACCACUAUGAAAUGCUGAACAAGGUUUUACUUGUUUGCAAAUAAAGUGUACACAUUGUUUCUUCCA